GUGACAUUCUAUUUUAGUCCCCUUGCAGUUCUACAAACUCUGUCCUUUAUAUUCCUUAUUCUUUCUCUUCCUCCUCUUGAUUCUCCCCCCAUCUGGUAACUCUGGUUCUACGCCAGGAGAACAGAUUCCUGAAGCCUGUAAGAAAUUGAGGAAGCAAUGAAGAGGGAAGGAGAACGGAGGGAAAGAAGGGAGAAGAAAGGAAGAGAAGGAGAGCCUGGGGCUAAGUUGAAAGACCCGGAAAAUGAACCAGGGAAUAUAAUGAGAAAAGAAUUCAUUUAACAAACACAGACAUCACUGAACAGACAUUCAGAAGGAGAAACGAAAGAAAGAUGGCACUCUUCCCAACCUUCAGGCUGCCUCCAGGGCUGAACCGGCUGACCUGGAGACAACUCUUCCUGCUCUGCGUGCUGCUCACUGCGCUUAUGUAUUUUCUAAGGUUGAGGCGGCCAAUGACCAUCAGGUCUGUCUCUGGGUUCCGCUCAGGGAAAGGUCACGACCCCUCGCAUCGCCCUACAAGGACAAUGUGGGGGGCACCUAUGGUGUGGGGAGACAGCGAACCUGCAGCGCACCAAAGGGCGGAGUUUGCCCAGCGCUCGUUCCGCGUGGGGCUGAUGGUGCUCGCCGUGGGCCGCUACACACACUAUCUCACGCGCUUCCUCCAAACGGCUGAGAUGUACUUCUUGCCCGGGCUGCCCGUCAACUACUACGUCCUGACGGACAACCCCAACAGGCUCGUCCCGGCCCCCGAGCUGGGUGAGGGACGCGGCCUGCGGGUUGUGCCCGUGGCCGAGAUGCCAGGCUGGGAGCGCUUGGCGCGUCGACGCAUGAACCUAUGGGCCUCCACCAUCGACAACCAGGCCCAGCAAGAGGUGGACUACAUUUUUUGCGCCGACGUGGACCAAGAGUUCGCCAACCUAGUGGGUACGGAGAUCCUGGGGAAACUGGUGGCCACUCUACACCCGCAGCACUACGCCCAGCCCGCCUACACAUACCCGUACGAGAGGAGCCCGGACUCGCGGGCCUGCGUCCUGGACGAGGAGGGCGACUACUACUACACCUCGGAGCUGUACGGCGGCCUGUGCUCGGAGGUGCUGACCCUGACCAAGGUCUGCUCCCAGCUCAUCCUCCAGGACCACGCCCUGGGCAUUGAGACCCGGGAGCUGGAGGAGAGCUACCUGAACCGAUACCUGAUUGACAAGCGGCCCACCUGCGUGCUCUCGCCGGAGUACAGCUGGUGGGAAUCCCCAGUGACGCCACCGGUCCCUCAGAAGAGGGUCAUCUCGCUGGGGAGGCGGUGCGCCUCACUCAAGGACCAGGGGAAGAGCUCUUUCAACUGCUAAAAGAUGAAGGGAGAGACAGGAGAGGAGCGGAGCAGAGAUGAAAGAAGAGAGGAGGAGAUGACUGGAAGGAGAUGUGUGGAGAAGGGAGAGGAGUUAAAUGCUAAUAACCACUUUGUGUAAAAUCUGAAUCAUUCAGCCUGUGGAUUUUGUUGCACUAUUUUCUGAAUAUUUUGCUGGCAUCAAGUUAAAUACAACUCGAAUGCAAGAUAUUUUGCUAAGGGGGAAGAGAGGAAAAGAUUAUUUUGAGGUUAAAAGGAACAUUGACUGCACAUAAUUGCUUUGUUAACAAAAUGCCUGUCCGCAUACACUAUUAAUCACAAGCAGCUAUUCAGUUCUUUUGAUCGGUCAUAUGUCAAUUACACAGUUUUUUUAAAAUGCAUACAUCAUUUUAUUGUAACCCAAAUAUCUGCCUAUUUUAAAAUGCCAUAUCAAAUCUAGCUGUGUGUCGCUUGCAGUUGAUGGGUCUUCAUAUCGUUGUGCU